AUGCAGGCUCUCGAGGAAAAGUUCGAACGAGCCACUACGACUGGAAAGCUGCCAGGAACCGUCCUUGCUGCGGCCAGUCGCGAUGUCUCGUCUGACACAACGUUCUGUCUCGCCUCUGCCACGAAGUUGGUCACGUCUGUGGCGGCGAUGCAAGUGGUUGAGCGUGGCUUGGUAGAUCUAGAUGAUGACAUUACCAAAUUUUUACCCGAAUGGAAACAUCCGCAAAUCCUCGUGGGAUUUGGAGGCGAAGAACACAGAGAGAAGCCUGUCUUGGUUCCAGCGCAGAAUCGAAUCACGUUGAGGCAGCUAUUAUCCCACACUUCCGGGAUCGCCAGCUUGGACGACGAAAAGUUAAUGAAAUACUACACUGUACUUGGCGAUAGCAGAGGAACCGUGCUUUUACGAUAUUUCAUGAAUAAUGACCCUGAAAUCAAAGCAAAGGCAUUAGAGGAGGUUCGGCAGGUCAUGGGCAGUCUGUCAGUUGAACCCCUUUUCUUUGAACCAGGGACAAGUUGGAAGUACGGACAGAGUACCGAUUGGGCUGGCCAAAUUGUUGAGCGAGUCACAAACAUGACUCUCGAGCAAUACUGUCAAGAGAACAUAUUCAAGCGGCUCGGAAUGACUCACACGACGUACCGUCUCUUAGACAAUCCACAUGUUGCUGCCAACCUUAUUCAGAUGACAUCUCGAGGCCCCGAAGGCACUGUCCAGCCGGCCGAGAGCGUAUAUCCAAUCGAUCCCAAAGUCGACAAGGGCGGUUCCAACCUAUAUACUUCUGGUGCAGACUUCCUGAAGCUUCUCUCAUCUUUGCUCCGUAACGACGGAAAAUUACUUCGUCCUGAGACAACCGACCUCAUGUUCAAUUACAGCCUGCCUAAAACAGAGGAAUUUCGAUAUUUCCGGACUAAUCCCGAACAUCUCAAAGAUAACUUCGGUGAUUUGGCUCCCAUCGGUAUGGAAGUUGACCAUUGUCUUGCCGGGAUUGUGAACCAAAGAGAUCUGUUAGGCGGUAGAAAGGCUGGCAGCAUAACUUGGCAAGGCGCCACGCGCUGUUAUUGGGUACUUCCUAUUGUGUUGCCUUCUCAACUGAUAUCUACUGACAAUUGA